CAUUUGGGAGAGUAAAAUGAGAUUUUGGCUUUCGUCUUUCAAAAGUAAAACCACCCAAACGACGUCUUCUGUCAAGUUCAGCGUUCGCCACUCCGCUCUGAGCUUCGUCUGUCGCGAACUCUUGACACACGCAGCUGCAAAACCUCGAACACUGGAAACUGUCAGCGGAUACAGUGAGAAACCAUGACAACACUUCUGGACUUGAAGAGUAGCGUGCUGCGGCAGGUUCAGAGAAGUCAGUCACUGAGGAGCAGGAGGGAGCCCACACCCAACCCUGGCAGCCCCCUCACGCAUUGUCCGGAACCCCUGCCUCGCAGGAUCUCAGAGGAGAGCAUGGAGUUCUUCGAUCGUAUGAACACCAUUCUGCAGAAGCAGGAGAACAUGCUGCGGGCCGCCCAGGCUGAGUGUCAAAGAGGAGCUUGCACAGUGCCGCCACCUCAAGAACAUGUGGAUCAAGCCUUCAUCACCGACAGAAGCAGCAGAACCGAGCUGGACCUUCUUUAUGAGGAGGCUGUUUACACGGUGGUCAACAGAGUGGGAGUUCCUUCCCCAGAACAUGUGAAUAGUGACGAAGAGCUUUUCAGUUACCUUCUGAAGGUGUUUGAUAUGGGCGAGGAGGAGCACGAAAUCAUCCUCCAAAAAGUUCAGGAGUCUAAGCGAGCCAAUUUUUCCUUGAGAGUUUCUGUGUUGAAAGCGAAGAGCCUAAUGGCCAAGGACGCUAAUGGUUACAGCGACCCCUACUGCAUGCUGGGUAUCCUGGUGGGCCAGAGCCCUCGGGAUUUGGAGGAAAAGAAAGAGAGAAAGUUUAGCUUCAGGAAGAGGAAGGACAAACUGGAGAAGCGCUCCAGCACUAAAGAGGCUUUACCUGCAAAGAGCAUUCAGGUGACGGAGGUGAAACCGGAGACGCUCAACCCCAUUUGGGACGAGCACUUUGUCUUUGAAAUCGAUGACGUUCACAGCGACCUGUUGCAUUUGGAUAUAUGGGAUCAUGACGACGAUGUCUCGGUGGCAGAAGCCUGCAAAAAACUCAAUGAAGUCAGCGGACUCCGAGGAAUGGGAAGGUAUUUCAAGCAGAUUGCCAAGUCAGUGCGUGCGAACGGAUCGUCUUCCUCAUGCUCAGACGAGAAUGUUGAUGACUUUCUUGGAUGCAUCAACAUUCCUUUGAAUGAGAUCCCAGUUGUCGGCUACGAUACCUGGUUCAAACUGGAGCCACGAUCCAGCGCCUCAAAAGUCCAAGGCGAGUGUCACCUGAUUCUGAAACUGUUUACCCAUCAGAGAGACACGGCUUUCUCAAAGAAAGAAUCCAACACUGCCAUUCACAAGAAACUGCUGUGUCAGAUCGUGGAGUAUGAGCAUGCGCACGUUAAGAGGGAGCCUUAUAACUGGAACGGGCAAGUGAGCCCCCCAGCAUGGACGGUUCUGACCCACCACGCUGUGCAAACAGAUCUGUCACCUCUUCAGCAGGCCAUUAUCCGCUGGCAGUGCUACAGCAGCCAUCAUCGAACGCAGAGAGUGUGCUACUCCCUGCUGCUGCGCCUCCUGAGGACCAUCGAUGCAGAGUGGGACCCUCCCGCUGUGAGAGGAGACCUGGAGAGGCAGCUGUCAGACAGCUUCAGGCUGUACUCUGAGCACUGUCUGUGCCUGAUGAAGAACAUGCGGCAGGUUUUCCCCUGCACCAGCGCUGCAGCCAUUACGCGCUACGAGCUCAUGCUGAGGGGGAUUGGCUACAUGCAGAACAUGCGGGCGUUUAAAACUGUAUGUCCUCUCCGAAAUGAACUGCAUCUGGACAUUGUUACUGCGCUUAAGAAAGGUACAGCAGAGUGGUAUGAGAGCCUAAUUGCACGACAUAAGCCAGAGGACGGAACACUGGAGGAGCAGCUGAGGAAGCUGGUCUUAAUAGUCGAUGCAGUGUGUGGGGAUGUACAAAGAGGCCAGAAUGUCUACAACAAACUCUUCUACAGUGCAGUGAAAGUAGAUUAUUUCAGCAUAUUGUACAGACAACUGGAGAAACUGGUUGCCGAUGACGUCAACGUAGCGAUGGAGCGAGUUUGUGGAACUUUGGAGCAGGAAAGUUCCAGACUAACUCAGGCCAUGGGAGAAGCCAUCUUUGAACUCUUCAUAUCCCUGAAAAUCCUCAAAGGCUUCCGCGACUUUCUCCCUCUCAAGGAUGCUAAAAUGCUGGCGCUGACAGGCUUUCACAACUGGUUCAAGUCCUCUAUCCACAAGUAUCUGCAGAUAGUUCAUGACAGAUCAUGUGACAGGAUGUGUAAAGCUGUGGAGACUGACAAGCUUGAGCCAGUCCCGAGUGCCAAACACAGCUCCUCAGCAGUGGAGGUGACCACAUGUUUCAGCCAGGUGCGAGAGAUCUGGCAGCAGCUGGCCUGGCCAGACUCGGCGGGGGCUUUUAUUUUUGUCACACGGUUGACCGAUAAUUUCUGCAGCGAAGCCGUCUGCUACUCAGAGAUGCUAACGCGCAAGAUUGAGAGGGUCCAGCUGGGUCGGGACCACAAGAGCUUCAUAGUGCAGCUCUGCAUCGCACUCAAUGACGCAGAACACGUGCGCGUCUUCCUGAGUCACCUGCCCCGCGACCUGGACUGGUCAGGCGUGGAGCGGGCCAUGGAGGAGUCAUGCGGCGUGGAGGGGAAAGAUCAGGUGUACAAGGCUCUAAAUGGACAGCUUUUCAACAUGGACCAGGACCUGCAGAGGGAAGCCAAGCGCCUGAUCACAGUCCUCACUGACAAGAUGCAACCGGAGCUUCGACGCUACAUCCAGCACAUCAGCCUCUCUCCUGACUCCAUCAACAACGAUGACGCUGCCGCGCCUCUCAUGAAGUACUUACAAGACACGAUGGCCAUCCUCACUGAACAACUUGUGAAGGAGAAUCUCACGAGAGUUCUGCAGAGCAUGUGGGAGCUGCUGCUACGCAUGAUCCUGGAUGCAGUGACAGACAAUCGCGGCGUUCAGGUGGAGUUCUACAACCGCUUUCAGUACACAGUGGAGACUUUGUUGCAGUUCUUCCACGCGAAAGGAAAUGGCCUUUUAGUAGAAGAUAUGAAAAGUGGGGACUAUAAGGGGCUGGAUGAGGAGCUCCGGCUGAACAAGUGCUCAUCUUUUGAGCUAAUCGAACAGUACUACCUGGAGAAGAUUUCCCAUCAGAAAACACUCAAACACACGCGCUUUGGCCGGAUCAGUGUGAAGUGUUACUAUGACGCUCCAGAGCAGAGGUUGACGGUGGAGAUACUGCACGCCGCCGACAUCAUCGCACUGGACGCCAAUGGUUUAAGUGACCCGUUUGUCAUCGUGGAGCUCUGUCCUCACCACCUCUUCCCUCUGGCCAAGAGUCAACGCACACAAGUGAAGCUGAAAACGUUGCACCCGGUGUUCGAUGAGCUUUUUUAUUUCCAUGUGAGUCCUGAACAGUACCGACACAGAUUUGCUUGUCUGAACUUCAUCGUCAUGGACUACGACUGGCUGUCCACCAACGACUUCGCCGGGGAGGCCGUCGCUCCGCUCAGCGACUUCUGCUGGCCCGGAAGACCGAACGCUACGGCGGCUGGGAAGAGCGUCCAGCCGUUCAUCCUCCACCUCUCUCGCAGCAAACCCAGCGAGAAGCCAAUCAUGAGGAUGCUGGACGCCCGUGUCGGGGACAGAGAGGCUCAGGAGUUUGUCCGCAGGCUGAAGGAGAUCGAGAAGUCGAUGGAGGAGGAGUGAGGGGUCGCCAGCCACGGUUGCUGUUUCCUCGCCACCUGUCGUGUGCUUCUUGUACCGGUACAAUGU